GCGUGCCUGCCCGCUUCCCGCGCCCGCGCAGGGGCGAUUCCGGGGCGCCCAAUCCGCGCUCGGCGCACGCGCGGGCAGAGUCCGGGGGCGCAGGCGCGGAGCGUCCGGCGGUGGGCGCCGGGGCAGCGGGGCCGCUGUCUCCUCGGGCGGCGAGCGCGCGGUUCCCGGCGGGUCAACGGCUGCCGGCCGAGGCCGAGGCGCCCCGGUCUGUCGGCGGAGAUUUCGACUUGUUGGAGACCUAAUGGCCAAAAGAAAGGAAGAACAUUUCCUCUCUCCAGAAAAUGCCAAAAGACCCAGACAGGAGGAUGUGGACAACUGCGAGCCAGAUGACGAUGAGGAGGAGUGCGCAGGCUCUUUGACUAAUGGCACCUCUACCUUGACUGCAGCAGAAGUUGGAAUAAUUGAAAGUAUUCAGCUAAAAAACUUCAUGUGCCAUUCGAUGCUUGGACCUUUUAAAUUUGGUUCUAAUGUUAACUUUGUCGUUGGUAACAAUGGAAGUGGGAAGAGUGCAGUGCUCACAGCUCUUAUAGUUGGUCUUGGUGGAAAAGCAGUUGCUACUAACAGAGGAUCUUCUUUAAAAGGUUUUGUCAAAGACGGACAGAACUCAGCAGAUAUCACAAUCACGUUAAGGAACAGAGGCGACGAUGCUUUUAAAGCCAGUGUGUAUGGGGAUUGCAUCACCGUGAAGCAGCAUAUCAGUGUGGAUGGGAGUCGCUCCUACAAACUAAAAAGUUCAUCAGGCACUGUGGUUUCUACAAAGAAAGACGAGUUGACUGCAAUUCUUGAUCAUUUUAACAUUCAGGUGGAUAAUCCAGUUUCAGUUUUGACACAAGAGAUGAGCAAGCAGUUCUUGCAGUCUAAAAAUGAGGGUGACAAAUACAAAUUCUUUAUGAAAGCAACCCAACUUGAGCAGAUGAAGGAAGAUUAUUCCUACAUUAUGGAAACGAAAGAAAGAACAAAGGAGCAGAUAAAUCAGGGAGAAGAGCGACUUACUGAACUAAAGCGCCAGUGUUUGGAAAAAGAAGAACGUUUUCAAAGUAUUGCUGGUUUAAGUACGAUGAAGACUAAUUUAGAGUACUUGAAGCAUGAGAUGGCUUGGGCUGUGGUCAAUGAAAUUGAAAAACAAUUGAAUGCCAUCAGAGAUAAUAUCAAAAUUGGAGAAGAUCGUGCUGCUAGACUUGACAGGAAGAUGGAAGAACAGCAGGUCAAACUUAAUGAAGCAGAAAAUAAAUACAAGAAUAUUCAAGAUAAGCUGGAAGAAAUUAGUCAGGAGACAAAUGCACGAGCUCCGGAGUGUAUGGCACUGAAGGCAGAAGUCACUGCCAGGAAAAGGGCCUACAAUGAAGCUGAGGUAUUAUAUAACCGUUCCCUAAAUGAGUAUAGAGCAUUAAAGAAAGAUGAUGAGCAGCUUUGUAGAAGAAUUGAAGAACUUAAAAAAAGUACUGAUCAGUCUUUGGAACCUGAGCGGUUGGAAAGGCAAAAAAAAAUAUCUUGCUUAAAAGAGAGAGUAAAGAGCUUACAUGAUCAGGAAAAUACUGUCAAUCAAGAUAUUGAACAGUUUCAGCAGGCCAUAGAAAAGGAUAAAGAAGAAUAUGCCAGAGUUAAGAGAGAAGAACUAGAUGUGAAUAAUAUCCUGAGCUAUAAUCAGAGACAACUGAAAGAACUGAAAGAUAGCAAAACUGACCGACUGAAAAGAUUUGGCCCUCAUGUGCCCGCCCUUCUGGAGGCAAUAGAGGACGCUUACAGACAAGGACGCUUUGCCUACAAGCCCGUGGGCCCUCUAGGAGCUUGCAUUCACCUGCGGGACCCUGAGCAUGCUCUGGCUAUCGAGUCCUGCCUGAAAGGCCUCCUGCAGGCCUAUUGUUGCCAUAAUCACGCUGAUGAACGAGUACUGCAGUCACUAAUGAGAAGGUUUUAUUCACCAGGAACCUCUAGGCCUCAGAUAAUAGUUUCUGAAUUUCGAAAUGAGAUGUAUGACGUAAGAAGCAGAGCUGCUUAUCAUCCGGAGUUUCCCACGGUUCUGACAGCUUUAGAGAUAGACAAUGCGGUUGUUGCCAACAGCCUGAUAGACAUGCGGGGUAUAGAGACAGUGCUGCUGAUCAAAAACAAUUCAGUAGCUCGGGCUGUAAUGCAGUCGCAGAAGCCACCCAAAAACUGCAGAGAAGCUUUCACAGCUGAUGGGGAUCAAGUGUUUGCAGGGCGGUACUACUCGUCUGAGCAUACAAGACCCAAGUUCCUAACCAGAGACGUGGAUUCUGAAAUAAGUGACUUGGAAAAUGAAGUUGAAAAUAAAAAGGCCCAGAUAGUAAGUCUUCAGCAACAUUUGUCUGCACUUGAGAAGGAUAUUAAACGCAAUGAAGAAUUUCUUAAAAGGUGCCAACUACGUUACAAAGAAUUAAAGAUGAAAAUAAGAAAAAACAUUUCUGAAAUUCGGGAAUUGGAGAAUAUAGAAGAACACCAGUCUGUAGAUAUUGCAACAUUGGAAGAUGAAGCCCAAGAAAAUAAAAACAAAAUGAAAAUGGUUGAGAAAAAUAUGGAGCAACAAGAAGAAAAUAUGAAACAUCUUAAAAAUCAGAAAAUAGAAGCGGAAAAUAAGUAUGAUACAAUUAAAUCUAUAAUUAAUCAGCUAUCAGAGCAAGCAGACCCACUUAAGGAUGAAUUAAACCUUGCUGAUUCUGAAGUGGAUAAUCAAAAACGAGGAAAACAGCAUUAUGAAGAGAAACAAAAGGAACACUUGGAGACCUUAAAGAAGAAGAAAAGAGAACUAGAAUUGAAAGAAAAGGAACUAGAGGAGAAAAUGUCACAGGCAAGACAAAUCUGCCCAGAGCGGAUAGAAGUACAAAAAUCUGCAUCAAUUCUAGACAAAGAAAUUAAUCGAUUAAGACAAAAGAUACAAGCAGAACAUGCUAGUCAUGGAGAUCGGGAGGAAAUAAUGAGGCAAUACCAAGAGGCCAGAGAAACCUAUCUUGACUUGGAUAAUAAAGUAAGGACUUUAAAAAGGUUUAUUAAAUUAUUGGAAGAAAUCAUGACCCAUAGGUACAAAACGUAUCAACAGUUUAGAAGGUGUUUGACUUUACGAUGCAAAUUGUACUUUGACAACUUACUGUCUCAGAGAGCCUAUUGUGGAAAAAUGAAUUUUGACCAUAAAAAUGAAACUCUUACCAUUUCAGUCCAGCCUGGGGAAGGGAACAAAGCGGCCUUCAACGACAUGCGUGCCCUGUCGGGGGGCGAGCGCUCCUUCUCCACCGUGUGCUUCAUCCUGUCCCUGUGGUCCAUCGCGGAGUCUCCCUUCAGAUGCCUAGACGAGUUUGACGUCUACAUGGAUAUGGUUAAUAGGAGAAUUGCAAUGGACAUGAUACUUAAGAUGGCAGAUUCCCAGCGUUUUAGACAAUUUAUCUUGCUUACGCCUCAAAGCAUGAGCUCCCUGCCUUCAAGUAAACUCAUUAGAAUUCUUCGGAUGUCUGACCCAGAAAGAGGACAGAGCACGUUGCCGUUCCGCCCUGUGACUCAGGGAGAAGAUGAUGACCAAAGCUGAUAGGGAACUCGGCGUUUGUAAAGGGAUGAAAAUUCUGAACUAUGACAGAAUGAGACUGGGAGAUACACUCGAAUAAAACAAACUCCUUUACAUCUCUGGCUACAGUAAAAUGUGUGGAGAAGCCUAGAAAUGCAAGUACAACCAGCAAUUUCAAGUUAACUGUUACUUUGUUUUGAGAAAUCAGUUUCAUAGUACUGUUUUUCAAUCUUUUUAAGUUUUUUCGUACCAUCUACUUUUAUAGAUUUCUUUUUCAGAAGUAAAGUUUUGUACAUAUGCACAUGUACAUAUCUGUUUAGUUUGGGUUCAUUUCUAUAGUAUUUUGUAACAAUUAAAAUAAAAGUUUAAGCACCUGGUUA